AUGGCCGCCCCCGCUGCCCCCGCUCGCCUCGCCCCCAUCCCCCUCCACACCCUCUACGCCCUCCUCGACCCCGUCACCGUCCCGCCCCACCACCCCCGCGCCGCCUUCGUCAACUGGGGCCUCACCUACCGCUGCCGGCCCCUCGCGGUCUUCCAGCCCGAGACAGAGCACCAGUGCGAGCUCGUCUUCGAGCUCGCCCGCCGCGAGGGCAAGACCGUCCGCGCCACGGGCGUGGGCCACAGUCCGAGCGAUCUUGCGUGCACGUCCGGCUACAUGCUACGGACCGAGAAGCUGAACAAGAUAAUCGAGGUCAACGCCGAGAAGCGCUAUGUCGUCGCACAGGGCGGUGUCACCCUCAAUGCCGUCCACACUGCCCUCGACGCCCACGGGCUCGCCAUGACGAAUCUGGGCUCCAUAUCCGACCAGACGCUCGCCGGCAUGGUCACGACCUCGACGCAUGGUAGUGGCAUUGACUACAAGGUUCUUUCCACACAUGUGCUAUCCCUCUUGCUGCUCCUGCCCGAUGGGUCGCGCGUCCUCUGCUCCCGCGAGGACAGGCCGGACCUGUUCAUGGCGUCUCUGUGCGGGCUCGGCAGCACCGGGCUCAUUCUCGAGGUCAAGCUGGAGGUCGAGCCAGCGUUCCGCCUCAAGGAGACGCAGGAGUCGCUUCCAUUCGACGAAGUGCUCGACAAGUUCGACGACCUCGUUCAUUCCGCGGAGCACGUGCGCCUCUGGUGGUUCCCCUCGGCCGGCGUCGUACGCGUGAGCGCGGCGAAUCGUUCGAACGAGCCCAAGAAGCCCGUCGGCACCUGGCUUUGGCACUCGUUGAUCAGCUUCCACUUGCUCCAGUUCCUUUUCUUCCUAGGACGAUUCAUCACGUCGCUCGUUCCGCUGAUAGGGCGAGUGGGCGCGUGGCUGGUGUCCAACAAGACAGUGGCAGUGGAUGACAGCUAUCGCAUUUUCAACGUGGACUGCAAGUACCCGCAAUACACCACAGAGUGGGCUAUUCCCUACGCGCGCGCGCGGCUCUGUCUCCAGGAGAUGAAAGCGUGGCUGGACGAGGAGCACGCGAACCCAAACGGGCUGCGCCCCCAUUUCCCAAUCGAGAUUCGGUUCACCGAUGCCGACAAUAUCUGGCUGAGCCCGAGCAACGGCGGCAAGACCUGCUGGAUUGGAAUUGUCCAAUACAAGCCGUACGGAUUGAGCGUACCUUACAGGAAGCUCUUCGAGCGCUACGAACAGAUCGUGACCCGCUACGGCGGCCGUCCGCACUGGGCGAAGGCACACCACUUCCGGCCAGACGACCUGCGCAAACUGUACCCCCGCUUCGACGACUUCAUCAGGGUGCUCGAGGAGGUUGACCCGCGGGGCAUGCUGCGCAACGAAUAUGUCAACCGCCACUUGUUCGGCGCGCAGGGUCCCGAGUACGGGGAGCGGGUCUUCAAGGCGAAACCCUAG